UGCCAAAUCGGCCAUAGCGACAAUAAAGUGUGGCAAGCCAAAAUGUGGCAAAAACCAAACAUAUGCCAACUAAACUGUGACUGCCAAAUUUUGGCUUGGCAAAGUGUGGCUGGAAACCAAACAGGCCCUCAUCCUUUCGUCCAAACACCUCUUUAGUUAGAGUUAGUUCAGGGUUAAUCUAGAGUUAGAAUCUAACUCUAACCUCUAACCGAGUUAGAGUACCAUGCCUCCUGUUUCCACCUCGCUUCCAAAUUGGAUGGAAUUGUUAAUUCAAUGCACCAAAUGGUCCUGAUGCCCACCACUGAUACGAUUUUAUUACUAGGCGUGCUGCAAAACUGCAGCCGUGCACACACAUCGCUUCCCCUCGUCGGAAACUCGGCCGGCGCGCGACUGCGGCCAUGGAUCCGGACACCGAGGUCGACUUCGACUUCUCGCCGUUCCUCGUCCGCUACAAGAGCGGCCGCGUCCACCGUCUCAUGGGCACGUCGAGAGUCGACGCCGGCACGGACGCCGCCACCGGCGUCACCUGCAAGGACGUCGUCAUCGAUGCCGACGCCGGCCUGGCCGCGCGGCUCUACCUCCCAAAUGACGUCCCGCGGUCCAAGAAGCUCCCCGUCCUCGUCUACUUCCACGGGGGCGCCUUCGCCGUCCACUCGGCCUUCUCCGUCACGCACCACCGCUUCCUCAACGCCCUCGUGGCAUCGGCCGGCGCCGUCGCCGUGUCCGUCGACUACCGCCUCGCGCCCGAGCACCCGCUCCCGGCCGCCUACGACGACGCGUGGGCCGCGCUCCGCUGGGCCCUGGCGAGCUGCGCGCCCGCCGCCGGGCGGGAGCCGUGGCUGGCCGAGCACGGCGACGCCGCGCGCCUCUUCGUCGCGGGCGACAGCGCCGGCGCCAACAUCGCGCACAACGUGGCGACAAGGGCCGGCGGCGGAGAGGACGGGCUGCCGCGGAUCGAAGGGCUGGUGCUCCUGCACCCGUACUUCCGCGGCAAGGAUCUGGUGCCGUCGGAGGGCGCGGACCCGAGGUUCCUGCAGAGGGUGGAGAGGUCGUGGGGCUUCAUCUGCGCGGGGAGGUACGGUACCGACCACCCGUUCAUCAACCCGCUGGCGAUGCCGGCGGUGGAGUGGGCGGCGCUCGGUUGCCGGCGAGCACUGGUCACCGUGGCGGAGCUGGACACGAUGCGGGACAGGGGCCGGCGGUACGUGGAGGCGCUGAGGGGGAGCGCGUGGACAGGGGAGGAGGCGGUGCUGUACGAGACCGGCGGCGAGGGGCACGUUUACUUCCUGGAGGAGUCCGGCUGGGGCGACAAGGCCGAGAGGGAGAUGGACGCCGUCGUCUCCUUCAUCAGGCGGAGCUAGGUGGGGAACGGAACGAUCGAUGUUGGGUCCAUCUGUGAUCUGUCACUGCUGAUGGUGGAAUUAAUUAACGCAUGAUUUGUUGGACCUUUUGCUCAGAUCGUUCCCGGGUUUUCCAAAUUAUUGUUCCUUUCUGCUCUUUCGCUUGAGCUAGGAGCCAGUGCUUCUAUUCUUUAACACGGAACAUAUGUUCAUGCACUUA